AUGAGGCAAUUCACGUUGAAGUUGCGUUCCUGCAACACUGCCUUUAAUAAGGCUAUUAAUGGUCGUUUAUUUACACGUCUCCUCUUCUUGGUUCGAUUGAACAUGAAGCGCCAGAUUUAUGUCGAACGUAACAUCUCGUGGUUGAUACUUCUAGAAAUCAAAGAAUACCACACGUCCUUUGAGCGCUCUACGGUUGCCUUUUGA